UGCGCCUCCUGAUUUAUGCCGUCGAGGCGGCAGGGCAAUACGCGCUGGAGUCUGCUCAUUUUCAAAGCUCUUGUUUAUAGUGCACGCACCAGAACGACGAAUCCCUGUGGGCCAUUGCAGCUUUCAGUCUGCAGCUCUGGAUACUGUCAGCAAAACCGAAUCCUUGUCCCAUUCCUCUUCCCCCAGGAUGAGCAGAAGGAAGAGGACCAGUUUGACAAUUUAGAAAAACACACGCAAUGGGGGAUUGAUGUUCUGGAAAAAUAUAUCAAGUUUGUGAAAGAAAGAACAGAGAUUGAACUCAGCUAUGCAAAGCAGCUUAGGAACCUUUCGAAGAAAUAUCAACCCAAAAAGAACUCCAAAGAAGAGGAAGAGUACAGGUACACAUCAACUAAAGCCUUCCUAGCCACUUUAAAUGAAAUGAAUGACUAUGCCGGACAGCAUGAGGUCAUUUCAGAAAACAUGACCUCUCUUAUCACUGGAGAGUUAACACGCUAUGUGCAGGAGCUGAAACAAGAGAGGAAAUCGCACUUCCACGAUGGCAGAAAGGCACAACAGCAUAUUGAAACUUGCUGGAAACAACUUGAAGCCAGUAAAAGGCGGUUUGAACGUGACUGCAAAGAAGCUGAUCGAGCACAGCAAUAUUUUGAGAAAAUGGAUGCUGACAUCAAUGUUACAAAAGCAGAUGUGGAAAAGGCGAGACAGCAAGCCCAGCUGCGACAUCAAAUGGCAGAAGACAGCAAAGCAGAAUAUUGUUCCACUCUACAAAAGUUCAACAGUGAGCAGCAUGAUCAUUACUACACACACAUACCAAACAUCUUCCAGAAAAUACAAGAGAUGGAAGAAAGAAGAAUCGUGAGGAUAGGUGAAUCCAUGAAAACUUUUGCAGAGGUCGACCGCCAAGUGAUCCCUAUCAUUGGAAAGUGUCUGGAUGAAAUUACAAAAGCUGCAGAAUCAAUUGAUCACAAGAAUGAUUCACAAAUGGUAAUAGAAGCCUUCAAAUCGGGGUUCGAGCCUCCAGGAGAUGUGGACUUUGAGGACUUCACUCAGCCCAUGAAGCGGACUGUCUCCGAAUCCAGCCUUCAAAACUCCAGAGGGGAUGGGAAGUCGGAGCCGAAGUUUGGUAGCAAAUCCAAGGGCAAGUUAUGGCCAUUCAUCAAGAAAAAUAAGCUUAUGUCCCUUUUAACAUCCCCCCAUCAGCCCCCUCCUCCUCCCCCUGCCUCUGCCUCACCCUCUGCUGUUCCCAACGGCCCCCAGUCUCCCAAGCAGCAAAAGGAACCCCUCUCCCAUCGCUUCAACGAGUUCAUGACCUCCAAACCCAAAAUCCACUGCUUCAGGAGCCUAAAGCGCGGGCAGACACAGUCUUUGUAUUUUCACAAAGAACUCAUGAAGAGGACUUUAGGGACACCCACGUGUGCCAUUGAGGCUAGGGAAUAUGUUCUUUCUCUCAAGCUGAUAACUCUGAAUACACAGGUCUGGAGUCUAAUAGAGGGAGCUGGGCCAGAAGACUUCAGCAAUCUCCCACCUGAGCAAAGAAGAAAGAAGCUUCAGCAAAAAGUCGAUGAACUAAACAAAGACAUUCAGAAGGAAAUGGAUCAAAGAGAUGCCUUAACGAAAAUGAAAGAUGUGUAUAUCAAGAACCCACAGAUGGGAGAUCCAGCAAGUGUGGACCACAGAUUAGCAGAACUCGGACAGAACAUUGAAAAGUUACGAUUAGAAGUUCAGAAAUUUGAGGGCUGGCUGGCUGAGGUGGAGGGCAGGCUGCCCAUGCGGACUGAACAGGCCCGACGGCAGAGCGGGCUGUAUGAAGCCCAGAACACGUCAGCAGUAAACAGCUGCGCACAGGACCGGGAGAGCAGCCCAGAUGGCAGUUACACAGAAGAGCAAAGUCAGGAGACUGAGAUGAAAGUACCUGCAACAGAUUUCGAUGAUGAAUUUGAUGAUGAAGAACCACUACCAACCAUAGGAACAUGUAAAGCUCUCUAUACGUUUGAAGGUCAGAAUGAAGGAACAAUUUCUGUAGCAGAAGGAGAAAUGCUCUAUGUAAUAGAGGAAGACAAAGGUGACGGGUGGACGCGAAUCCGAAGGAAUGAAGAUGAGGAGGGCUACGUCCCUACGUCGUAUGUUGAAGUCUAUUUGGACAAAAAUGCCAAAGAUUCCUAAAGGUGUUUGUGCUGGUGCAAGAACCUCGGGGCGAGCUUGUCACAGAAGGAGAAACAAAAUGGUCUGUUUACCCUGCAGGCAGUUAAAAUACACCCACGGAAAGCCAGACUCCCAGUCUUGUCUGGAGUUCCCACUUGAAAAAUUCAGACCUAAAUUCCAUCCCAGUAUCAUUCAGAUGCUUGCUGUUUUUCAUGGCAUGCUACUUGUGGCUCAGAUUAACUUAUCAGCCUUCCUUACUCUUCUGCCAGCUUGGCACAGCCCUUCCAUAAAAAAAUAACCAACACUUCCCCCACCCAGUUGCUCCCGAUGCUGGUCACAGAACCGCUGGCUGCCCUUUGCAAAGGGUAACCAGGGAGUCCCAAGCAUGCACUGGUCUGUCUUCUGUCCUCCCUUGUCCCUCAGUCCAUCUGAAUGUACACACUGGUCCAUCAGCAUUUCACGUGGUGCCUUUAGCGCUAAUCCUGCGGGUAGUUUCAUCAGGUAGCUUGGAAAGGAGGUGUAAUACACACGGAAAGCCACUCCGGGAACAGUGUUACGGCAGCUGGACUGGACUCUGAAUUUGCGGAUAUUAAACUUUAUCCACAUGCAUUAUUCAAUACUCUGCUUUCCCCAGAAGGUCACUAAUACUUUUCAGCCUUUAUAUUUUUUUUAAAUCUAGGCUGAUGCUCAUUCCAAGUAUUAAAUCCCUAUGACCUUGCUGUUUCCUGAAAGCCUUCAAGCUCACGUAUGUACACUUGCUUUCCUGCUUGUUCUCUCAGCCCCCUCCUCUUUACUCCCCCUUCCUUUCUCCCUCCUCUUCCUCACACACACACAGACACACACACACGAACACAGACACUGGCGUUUUGGUUUGAAGCCCCAUUUUGCUCGUCACAAAGACCUCAUUUUGCUCUUGUUUCGGUCUGCAUGCUCGCCCUGUUGCCUUGCCUGCGCCCACCUUCCUGAGGGCCACGUUAUUUUGUGGCUCGUCGUUAAUCUCUUUGCAGUUUUCUUUUGUUGGUUUGUUUUUCAGCGUUUCGGACUUGCCUCCUCCUUUUGCAUGACUUCUUUGUGCGUUCUCAUCAGUUAAUGUUUGAGUAACAAGAAUUUUUUUAGAAAAAUAAAAGAGAAGAAAAAAAAGCAACUGCACUCUAUUUCGUUCUCCCACCUUGUCGUGGACUGGACCUCGACCCAGAAGCCAGACAGGAAUUGUGACUUACUCCUCAGCCACCCUGUUCCCACGUGGUUUUAUUUGAAGCAGAAGUAGCAUGAUAAGCGAUGCUGUACUGUAUCAUGUCAUGCAGUGGAGAGAAAGCUUUAAUAUCUCCAAAUACCACAUGAUCUGGACCUAAACUGCCUAAAAAAGGGGUCAAUUGCUUCCUAAACCUCUAUACUAUAAAAGUGUUGGUUUCCCCUGCAUCUUUACUGUUGCUAGGAUAUUGCAGGAAUCUUGUGCAUGGUUAAGCCCUGUAAGAGUCAGUUGCUCCUAAUAGCUCCUGAGGGCCUAAUUUAUUCAUCAGUCAGCCCGUCACCUGGGGAAAUGUAUUUGCUCUUAGGGAAAUUCCGCAUCUCUUGUAAAAUCCCCAGAAUUUGAGAAAAUUGCUACGGCAGCCGCUCUGGCUAGCAACCCUAAAGAGCAACCUCUCAGGUUUAGUUUGCAGACAAACGUGCGUGCGUGGCGUCUUGCUGCCUGCUGCGCUUCUGUGCGGGGUCAGCAUACAGAAACGUGUCCAGGAAUCAUGUGCUCUCCAUGCUGGGGGACUGCUUUGGUCUUCCCCACUCAGGAUGAAGUAACUUUUGAAUUAGUUUCGUGUUGUCUCCAUGCCUCUGUCCCUUUCUCUCCAUUCAGCAUACUGAUUUUUGGUUUCUAGUAGCACGAGGUCCCUCAGCCCUACAGUUAGUACUGGAGCUGUCGUAUUACGGUGCUUAAUACCUGCGAGCAUCGACCAGCAAAAGCUUACCUUUUUUUAACCCAAUUAAAGGGCCUCAGGAGCCUGCACCUUGGGGCAGGCACAACCAGCGCUGACACCUCAGCUACAGCGUUACCGGAGUCGGAAGGGUCAUCCCCAAGGGAAUUGCCAUCCUUAUUGCUGCUACCGUGGCCCCUUAACUGCUUAGCUCCAUGAGCCUCUGGUAGCCUCGGCACCCGGGGCUUUGGCCAGAGAUCCGUGACAGCGGUGCGAAGGCUUCGCUGCAUUGCACAGCCGGCGUGCAUCUGUCGGGGAUCUAAAUGGUUAAGCGGUUAAGAGGCGUGCAAGAAUAUCUUUAAAAUAUUUUAGCUGCAGUAUUUUUAUUCUCGUGUCCAAUGCACUGUUGAAUCAGCAGCUAGGAGGAUUCGUUUUCACCUAUUGUUGUGCCAUCUAUGUACAAAUUAGAUAAAGGUUUGCUUUUAUAUAUUUAAUCUAGGUGGACAGUAUAUUAUUGUCAGCCUCUGUGGAACAUUGGAACAAUUGCAAUGUCUGUGUCGCUAAAUAGCGCUUUAGAAGGAGCAUUAGCUUUAGCUGCCUGGUUUUUUUUGAACGUUUUAACGAAAAGGCCAGAGUUUACAGAGUUUUUAUAAACUUGGCAAGUAGUUCCCGAAUGCCUGGAUCUUAAAGCUAAAUACAAGAAAAACUAGCAACAGUCACGUAUUGUAGCCUACGCAUCUUCAUUCUGCUGCCUUUAUUCAGGGUAAAGAAUGGGUAAUUUUGGUUGAGUUUACCUUUUCCAGAAUCUGCAGGACUAAAUAUGUGACUGGCUUAUAAAAACUCUGCUUGAAUUUACUAAUCCUCCCCAGAACUGCGGGCUCUAUGGCCUACAAAAUCACGUUGUCCUCAGCAAAAGUCUCUAAUGCCCUUUCUUAACAUCUGUAAAUAGAGAAGAAACAUAUUUACUGAUACGGGAAGUUGUGUUUAAUGCUGAGUAUUUUUCAGAGGUUCAUUUAGUUUGAUGCAUAUUGUUUGUUUUUUCCUGCCUGGAGUGUCAAAAGACCUAAAAAAAGAAGCCAAAUUCUAUUUUAACAUGAUGAUGUCGAGCACUUUUUUUAUUUGUAUAUGUGUGUGUAUGUGUGUUUGAGCACUGAUCUCUAGAUUUUGGUGGCAUCUCAGUGUUGUAAUUUCAUUGCCAAUGUAAAAGGUUCUGGUGUUGCCCAUUCAUUUCUGGAGACAGAAUUCAACUUAAAUAAAGUGCUUCCAUUUGAAAGCGAA